UCUGUCCUAAGCCACACCCAUUUUCAAGUCGCACCUGACCAGCAGAAAGGAGGGGGAGCACCUUGAAUUCAUUAACUGUAGACGUACCUUAGGUCUAAUGGGGACAUAAUGUGCAGAUUUUAAACGGCAUUAUGGUCAGAAAAUACAUCUUAUUCGUCAGUUUCUUGCUUUGUUACAUUAAUGGGAUUGACAACAAAGACAUUUUCAAUGGGCCUACAUCAAAACUUUCCAAAUACUCCAUUGUAAAUCCUCAGGUGAUUCACAGAAGGACAAGGAGUGUCAACAACCAGUCAAAAGAGAAAUAUGAAGAGGAGGCAAUAUCGUAUGCACUCAGCAUAAACAACACAAAGCAUCUCCUUCAUCUAAAAACUAACAGAGACUUUUUACACGAAAACUUUGUUCAAUAUUCACACAAUGCCAGCGGCAACCACAGCUCAUCAUAUCCAAAACAACGUGUGCACUGCUAUUACCAUGGAGAGGUGGAGGGAUAUGAGAAUUCAUUGGUGGCACUCAGCACUUGCUAUGGCCUCAGGGGUGUGAUCAUCUUUGGAAAUGAGACUUAUGGAAUUGAGCCUUUACCACAGUCUCCCAACAAUGAACACGUUCUGUACCUAUUGAAGGACAGUCAGCCUGAGCCUGCGACGUGUGGGGUUGUCAGCGAGGCUGCAUCAGAGCAAAGCUACAAGCCCUUUGAGCCUGGCCAAUCGCUUACUUCACUGCUGCGGAGGAAGCGCAAUUUACCAGAAACCAGUUAUGUGGAGUUGGUGCUGGUUGUCGAUAAUCUCAGGUAUAAUUUUAAGAAAAGAAAUGAUACGGCGGUACAAGAAGAGAUGGUGGAAAUGGCUAAUCUACUGGACGGGUUUUUCAAAUCGCUGAAUAUCCGUGUCGUGCUAGUGGGCCUGGAGGUUUUUAAGGACAGUAAUCCUUUUAGUGUGGAUGGCUCUGCAGGAGAAGUGUUGGUGAGGUUUGUUAAGUGGAGGAAAGACACUCUGAUACCGAAGAUCAAGCAUGACAUUGGCCAGCUCAUUGUGGGUCAGCCCGGGGCCUACGGAGGAGGUGUGAUAGGUAUGGCCUUCGUGGGCACCGUCUGCUCCGUAGCAACCUCUGGAGGAAUCAACGUGUAUAGCAACGACAGGCUGCCUUCUGUCUCCGCUGUUGUGGCACAUGAGAUGGGUCAUAACCUGGGCAUGAAUCACGACGAUAAACGCUGCACAUGCGAUGGAAAAAGCUGCAUCAUGGGAGGGGCUGCAGGCGGUUCCGCCACUUUCAGCAGCUGCAGUGCGGAAGACUUUGAGAAGCUGAUCCUCCGUGGAGGAGGCGUGUGUCUGAGAAACCAGCCCCUCCCGUCAGAUGUGGUUGGUACUGCUGAAUGUGGCAAUGGCCGACUGGACAAAGGAGAGCAGUGUGACUGUGGCAAACCAGAGGUAUGCAACAAUAAGUGCUGUGAUCCUGCCACCUGUAAAUUUGCUAGUGGGGCCUCCUGCGCUCAGGGUGCCUGCUGUGACAACUGUCAGAUCAGAGUAGCUGGAACGCAGUGCAGAGAGUCUUUCAACACCUGUGAUCUUCCUGAAUACUGUGAUGGCCAGAGCGCGUUCUGUCCCAGGGACUUCUACGUCAUGGACGGCUUACCUUGCCUAAACAAUGCUGCAUACUGCUAUGAGGGCAGAUGUCAGACAUAUGAUUACCAGUGCAAACACCUCUUUGCACCAGAUCCAGCAAAAAAGGCAGCAGAUAUCUGUUUUCAACAUGCAAAUACUAAGGGAAACCUAUUUGGAAACUGUGGCAUUACCAGUAGAGGAGACUACAUCAAAUGUUCUGUAGCAGACGCCAUGUGUGGAAAGGUGCAGUGUACCAACGUGGACGUCAACCACCCUCCUGACGGUGCCCACGUCAGCAUCCAAAUAGUCAAUGGGUCAAGUUGUGUCAAUGCAGACUUCAACCUUGGCACAGAUGUGCUGGAUCCUGCCUACGUCAACCCUGGCAGCCCUUGCGGUAAAGGAAAGGCCUGCCUGGAUUUUAAGUGUGUGAAUGCCUCUGCUCUGCUGCCGAACUUGGACUGUGAUGCCCAAACCACCUGCAACAGCAGAGGGGUAUGUAAUGACCAAGGGCACUGUCACUGUGACAACGGGUGGGCCCCACCCAACUGUGACACCUCUGGGCGAGGCGGCAGCAUUGACAGCGGUCCUGCUCAGAUAGACUACUCCCUCAGGAACGGCCUGUUGAUCUUCUUCCUGUUGGUGGUUCCUGUCCUGGUCAUUGUCAUUCUGGUGCUCCUCUACAUCUUCAGGAGAGAUUCCCUGGACCUCUGCCUGAAGCGCCACCGCAAGUCACAUAAUACAAGAAACGGAAAUGCAAAUGUACAGUCAGACAGAAAUGUUCAGAGUGCCACAACCCAGCCACAAUCACAGACUCCUCCUGAUAGGCCUGGAAAUCUACCAGCUGACUCGACUCCAGUUUCUGGUUUCAGGUAUGGAGAGCUGGAUUACUGGAACAUGGAACAAAGUGUUGCCCCUGCACAGCCUCCAGCUCCUCCCAGGCAGGGCCCCGGGGUGCCCAGACCAAUCCCACCCAAGCAGCCAGACAUUUGAAUCCCCUUUUGUACUAAAUAUUUCCAAUUGUAUUGUUAAUGUAUGAGUUUACUGCAUCUUAACACUGUAUGAAGAGAUUAUUUUAAAACACUGUGAUGAUAAUGGACUCUCUGUAACUUGUUGCCAGCACCUUUACUAGGUCAAUUGUAGUAAUGUGGUGGUGGAUGAGGCUGGUAAAUGUGUAAAUAUUUAUUUGAAUAUUCUCUAUGUGUUUAUUAGAUUAAUGUUUAUCACUCAUUGCAAAUAUGUGCACAAGAACUGUAAUAUAUAUAUAUAUAUAUAUAUAUUGUAUUUCUAUGAUGGUUUUUCCCCAAAGUAUUUUAAAGAUUUUGUGAAUUUUUGUGAAUGUUAAUUGUAAUUAAAAAAAUGUAUCAGGUAA